AUGAACCAUCCACCAACACCAACCUCAUUCGUUCAUUCAUCACUCAAUGAUUUUGUAAAUGACGAACAUGAUCAUCCGAGAAUCAAUAUUCCUGAAACAAAUGAACUUUAUCAACCCGUGUUCUACCCCAGUACUCAUCACCAUCAAAAGCGUCGGGAUCAUGUUGCAUCAUCAUCCAUGAUGAAACCACAUGCGGAUUUUUAUGUCGACCAAGUGAAGCAAAUUUUGGUUGAAGGAUCAUCCAUCAAUAGAGCAAAAUCCAAAACAUUGGUUGAAUACAGUGAUCCUACUUCGGAAGGAUUUUGGGAUAAAUCACAUACAUUUCAAUUUAGCUAUGAUAAUUAUUUGUAUAUAUUUUUAGGUGCUCAUGCAUGGCAUCAUUAUUAUAGAUCAAUCAAAGACGACUGUUUAUUUAGAAUUUCAUUAUUCGAUAUUGAUAAUUUAUAUGAAGGAAUUGAUUCUAUUGCUGUAGAAGAAAUUGCGACAAAAGGAAAUUCACCGAUUGGUGGACGUAUAUUUCCUGCCGUUUAUUUUGAUGAAGAAUUAUUGGAAGUUUUCAUGCAUGGAGGUUUAAAACAAGGGCGAAAUUUGACCAAUGAGUUCUUCUCGUUGAACAUGAAAACAUUAGAAUGGAAACAAUAUGAGCCAAUCAAUAGAUCUGGAUCACAUGUGUUUGCUUUCCUUGAAGGUCACACAAUUAUUAAGAGAGGCAAAGAUGAAUAUUAUUCAUACGGUGGGCAUGGAGGAAAUUUAAUUUUCACAAACUCCUUUUAUAGAAUUAACAGACUUGGAGAUAACACCAUUCACUUUACAAAUAUGAAAGAGGAAAAUAUGAUUGGAUAUGAGCAAGUCACAUUUCCUGUCGCUUAUCACCAAGCUGUAUAUUUCAAAAAACAUGAUGUUAUGGUAGUGAUUGGCGGAAAGAUGAGAAGCGGUGAAAAUGCACCUUUAAGUAAUGAUUUACUGUUCUACUAUUUCAAAACAAAAACUUGGAUGAUUCUUGAAACACAUGUUCGACCCUCUAGAGAUCCUUGCCCUUUGUUGAAAGAUCGAAAAAUUCCACCUAAUCAUCUGAAAAUACUCAACAGAACACCAUGGAUAAAAACUGACAAAAUACGUUCUCAUUGUGCUGUUCAGUUGAGCGAUUCCAAGUUGCUAUACUAUGGAGGAACAUGUCACACACGUGAUCAUCCAGAAGAUUUCCCUCAUGAAAUUUUUGUUUUUGAUAUGGAUGAGCUCAGUUGGGAAAUUGAUGAAUCACUUUCCUGCUAUGAUCCAGAAGUUGAAUAUCUUGUAAAUACCAAGUACUCAAAAAGCUUGUCCGAAGAAGCAUGCUUGGAGGGUAUGAACAACAUGUUUGGAACAGCAAUUAAUCAAAACAACAUUUCAACAACUCUCAGUAAUAAUAAGAGUAACAGCUCAUACGAACUGAACGAACAGGAAUUUGAUGAAGUUUUUGUUGGACGAAACUAUUUCUCAAUGAGUUACGAUCGGAAAAGAAAUAAGGUCUAUAUUUUCGGAGGAUCGAUUUGCUCGCGGACAGGUCAUACACGACAAUGGGAAAGUUCUUCCCUCGUUGUUUUCAAUUGCAAUUUGAGACCAUCCAUGUCGAAACUCUUUCCGAACACAAGUAAGAUAUUGCACAGUGCAGAAGAAGGAGGAGCAUUUACUGACAUUUUCAUUCACACUUUGUCUCAUUAA